GUGUUUUCCCAGCGAGUUUUGUCAGCCAAAGAAAGACAUUGGCUUGAAUCAACAAAGAAAAGAAAGAAGACAUGGCGGCGACAUCCAAACUCGAGACGCUGCCCCGAGAACUAUUCGACACGGUAUACCGCUCCGUCACACGGCACGCCGACCGCCUGGCGCUCAGCAGCGCGAGCACAUCGCUCCGCCGCCGCCUGGCGCCGCAGCUCUUCCGGGCGGUCAAGCUCGGUAGCGAUCCAGAUGCACAGUGGCGAGGGCUCGGGGUAUUGCUCGCCGCGGGCACGCCCACGGCCCAGUUCAUCAGACACUCGGUCGAGGUCGUCUACUUUGCCGGCUCGGCGGAUGGGCUGGUCCUGAAGAAGGACUGGAAGCCGAGCGUGCCUGUCCUGCCCGAGCCCUGUUGGCAGGUCCUGGCUGGGGAGGUGUUCCUGCGGGCGACGACGGUGCACGUCAAGUUUGACUUUGGAGGGUUCGAGGAGCGGACAUACAGGGAUGGUGAUGACGAGUCGGGAGGAGGAGGAGGAGGAGGAGGUGCGGUGGGCACCGAGCCGUGGGAGCACGAUUCCGAGUUCUGGGGCAGCGGCAGCAACGACGUCGGCUCCAUCUAUGUCUACGAGAAGCCAGAGACCAGCGAGCAGGUCGUCCGCGCUAAGGAGGAGAGAUACCCCUGGCGCAGCCUGAUGAGGGACGUCUGGUCCGCGCUCGCGGAAAACACGGCCGUCAAGAAGCUGGUGGUCGAGGACGCCGUGCCGAAACCAACCUCGACAUUCUACUCGCCCGCGUGGGUGUCGUUCCUGGGCGGCCUGCAGGAGCUCGAGGUGAGCAUGAUGACGGGGGACAACGGCGCUGGGUGGGAGGCCAACACUCUCGACGGCUACCUCUACUUUGAGUGUGUGCAGCUGCGCGACUUGUUCUUUAGGCAUUGCACCAACCUCGCGCGGCUGCGGCUCGUGGCCGGCCCGCGGUCAUCCUUUGGCGGCGGCGGCGAAAUCGACGCGAGCGGUGAUCCGCAGUUCGGCUGGUGCGAAGGACCCCUGCCGCUGGAUGAGGCGGAUCUGCCAAACUUGGAGCGGCUCGAGCUCAAGAACAUGUUCAUAAGUAAGAAGCUGGCGGAAUUCAUUGUCGGCAAAGGUCGGCGUCGGGAAAAUGAAGAGGGCAUGCCACGAGAGCAAGUUGGUCGCCUCCGCAGUGUCCUUCUGUUGAACUGCCAUGUAAACACGGGGGAGGCCAACAUGGCGAGCUGGGAGGAGUUUUUCGAGAUGCUGGUGGGAACAAGUGCCCGCGAUGCUGGCGACGGCCAUGCGAGCCGCAGCGAAUCCUGGCCCAAGCACCAUCAACGUCGCCACAACCUCGACGAGCUCGACAUAUCGUACCGCUACGGCAGCGAGACAAUACCCCUGGUUCACCGCCACGAAGAUGCUCCCGUGUGCUUCAUCCACGACCGACACGGCCAGGUCAACCCCAGUGAGGUGCCAGUCUUGCAGCUCUUGGCCAUGCGGGACCCGAACCGCCGGGCCUUCUCGUAUGCCUCCCCCAGCGGCAAGUAUGGGGACGUGUGGAUGGAUACAGGUGAAGUCGUGGAGAGGUUCGCCGCGCGGGGCGACGAGGCGGCCUACUUCAGGCUGAUGCAGACCGUGCAAGACAACAAGCGUGCUGUAUUGGCAAGCUGCUCUGUAAACUCAUAGCGCCUAGUACGUAUAUUCGUCACUCGCGAGCAUUUCUUUUUUGUGAAGGAGAUAUCCGUGACGAAAUCAAUUUUAGUGUACAUGCAGCACGAAGGCACACGGCUGUGGCCGCUGCCAAAUCGGUCUUCAUCUAGGAGUUUCAUGGCGAACUCUCCCUGGCACAUCUGAAUACUUU